UUUGAUACCGACGGCAGGCCACAACACGAUGUUGUUUACAAAAAGUAGUCAAAGCGGUCGGACACGGACGGCCCGAGCUCCGCAUCGUCACUGUCCGGGGACCAUUGCAAUCGCGUGCAUCCGCCGCCCACCUGCACAGGGAAAAAAAGAAAGAGACUGUGUGUGUGUGUGUGAGCCUAGCAUACCAGAAAGCAAAGAAAGCGAUGUGUGGUGUUUGCUAGUCAGCAAAACAAACGCCGGCGAACCCGUAAUGCGCCUACUUGUUUCGCGGAACCGCUAAACGAGGAACCAAAAAAAAAGAAGUUCAUUGCACCACGUGCCAGGAGUAUCCGUUUCUCUGUGUGUGUGUGUGUGUGUGGUGUGUUGGUGUGACAUGGCGGAGCAACUGUGCCCUGUUUUGGGAAUUUCUUAGCUCCUUCCUGCCGUGUGCAAGAGUGUCCUGAAAAGGAAAAAAAACACACACACGCGAGCGAAUGUCCUUUGUUCGUGAUACUGGGAGUGUAUUUUCGUCCAAUAAGUGAUAAGAAGGCGUGUGUGUGUGUGCGACAGACAACUGGAGCGUACAGUGUGCCAGGAGGGGAGGAAACCAGACGUGAUGACGGUGGCCAGCUCGCUGGUUUGACCAGCUCUACCAGCGGCUGCUUCUUUGCGGCGCGGUGUUUGUUCGCUUCUUUGUGCCCUCGGCCUGCUUCGAUCCGUCGCGGCGUAAUUCCGUGCCUCAGUGGCCACGGCCAGUUCGGGCAGUGUGGCGAGUGUGUGUGUGUCGGGAGGCGCUCCCUUAACCCACAGCCAUACACACAAACACACAGGCAAGCAGCAAGCGACCGACCCCGUCACCGCAGCCGGUUCACAGAGCGCUUUUUUGUCGAAGCGAACUGGCACGGGGCGCCCAGGGGUGCUGCUGCUGCCGCUGCUUGUCGUUGGUGGCGUGAGAAAUCCCAUCCCUGAGCGCGCGCGUGUGUCUGAGCGGGAGAGCAGAGCCGAGCCGACCCGUGGCGCGCGCUGUGUGUGAGUCAACAGCGCGUACCGGAGGGGAACGGCCAUACCACGGCAGGACGCAGCGGAGAGGAGGGUGUGCCGGGUAGUGGCGGUGGCCUUCGGUUUCGUUCCUCGCGCUUUGAGCCGUUCGCUCGUCGGCUGCGGCGCGCGCUCUCGUCGAGGCCAGCGGCGUCAUUGGCCCAUCGUCGUUGUCGCGCUGUGGACGGUUUUUCGGUCGGCCCCGUGGUCUCGUCGUCGUCGUCGUCGUUGUGUCGGUCGCGUCCUACACCCUACCCUUGCCGUGCAACCAUCCCUCGUCUCCGCAGUGUGUGUGUGGACGGACGACGGUGUGUGGUGUGGUGGUGGUACACGCCUCGCGCGUUUCUCUGUGUGUGCGUCGUCGCGACGCGCUGGUGCCCUCGCGCCGUUUAUCUCGCUCACGGGAACGACACGGGGGACGGUGUUUGACGUCGCCCACCCUCUUCGCCUUCUCCUUCGUCGGCCCAUCCCCUUUGCCCACUGUUCCGGUGUGCUCCGGGUGUGCGGCUGCUGCUGCUGCUGCUCCGCCAUCGUGACGAGGGCAAUGGUGGCAAACAGCGUACGACGGGCGGACGAAUUAUUUAUCAUCGCCUCCAUCGAGCUAGUGUGUGCGAGUGCGUUGCGCGUGUGUCUGUGCCCAGGUCCAGGGAUUGCGUGCUUUGGAAGAAGGUUCGGAUAAAGCAAACGUCGCGAAAAAAAGAAACAACGGCACCAAGCAGCCAGCAUCCUCCGCAGAAACCGGCCGACCGGAGAGAGAGAGAGAGAGAGCGAAAGAGGACAUCGAGAACGUUCAGCAAGGUUUGUUGGUUCCAUCGGGGCCAUCAGUGUGUGUUGAUGUAACGCGGGGGUUUUGUGUGGUGCAAGUGAAAGUGAAACUGCCACACACUCUCCGUGGCGGCCUGUCCGCCGUGUGUUCCGUACGUGUGCUACAGUGGUGCUAGAGCGGUAAAGGGAGGUUUCCAACAGUGAACUCAGUUGCGAUCGUUUCCAUAGUUACCUUUACAGUGUCGUGGUGGUUUGGUACCACGUUUAACAAACACAGACACACAUACACACGCAAAGACGCAGAAAACAAAAUAGAACGAUGGCCGAAUCGAAGCAGCUUUCGCUGGCGGAACCGGAACCGCCGUCGCGGCAAGAGAGUGGCAAAGAAUCUCCCCGUGCCGAACCGGUCACCUCGCCGAUGGACACUGCUACAGAAGACACUGCCGGCAAGGGACGGGACAAGGGGUCCCCUUCCCCUUCGCCAGCCGCCCCGGUGCGAUCAGAAGAUGCCGACAGUGAAAAAGAAAAAGUAGAAGCAAAAGAAGAAGCUAAAGAAGAAGAAGAAGCAAAAGAAGAAGUGAAAGAAAAAGCAAAAGAAGAAGUUAUAGAAGAAGUUAUAGAAGAAGAAAUGAAAGAAGAAGCAAAAGAAAAAGCAAAAGAAGAAGUGAAAGUAGAAGAAAAAGAAGAAGCAAAAGAAGAAACAAAGGAAAAAGUAAAAGAAAAAGAAGAAUCAAAGGUAGACGCAAAAGAAGAAGCAUCAACUGAAGAUGAUUCUACUGCGACGAGUAAACCAGACGAGGAGUCACCAGUAGUGGUGGUGGAGCAGGAAGAAGAAGUUAAAACAGAUCCUGCUGUGGAAGCGCCGCCACAGUCCGGAGUGGAAUCUUCUGAACCAGUGGCGCCGGAGAAAGAAGUCCCAAUCGAGGUGGCGGCGGAGGUGGUGGCUAGCGAGAGAGAAGAAGCGGAAGCGAAGGAAACCGUUGCGCCGGUAACCAUGAUGAAGACGCAGCAGCCGAACGAUGACGUUGCGGAGAGUGCUGUGGAGGGCGAACCAAAGGCAGCAGCAGCAGCAGCAGAAGCAGCCACUGCUGCUGUGGUAGAGCUGGCCGUCGGUGAGAGCAGAAAACGUUCGCAAGGCGACCACAGUAGGCGCAGCAGAAGCAGCAGCAGCGGCAGCAGCAGUACCAGCAGCACCAGCAACGGUGGCAGCAACAGCCUCAGCGAGGAAGCGAGCAGUGGCGGCAGUACGGGCAGCGCUGGCAGCAAUAGCAACAGUGAUAGCGAGGGAGUCAGUUCGGCGAAAAAGGUGAAAUUGGAAACUGUGGUGGAACAACAGGAGCAGCUGGAGGAACCGCCACUGGAGCAGCAACCAAAGAUGGUGGACGCAGAGCCAACUGCUGCGGUGGAGGUGGUGCUGGAAGAGAAGAAAGCCUCGGAGUGUGAGAAGAGUUCGGAUGAAUGUCCUGCAGCGAACGACGGGGAUGUAGCAGUGGAGGAGAAAUCUUCGCCGGAAGAGAAACCGAUGGAGGUGGAGACAUCGGAAAGGAAAGAUAAGGAUGAGGAGAACGCUACCAGGACGGCCUCACCGGCCCCACCUCCUGCCGAACCCGUCGCCAUCGAGUGCAAAAGUCCUCCCUGCGCGCAGGAAGAACCAAAGGGUGAGGAAGAAAAGCCCACAGAAACGUUGCUGCUUCCUCCGCCUCCCCCUCCACCGCCUGCCCAACCAGUGACGUCACGAGUGCCGGCCGGGGGGAAGGCAAGCAUCGUAGCGCCCGUGCUGGAACGGCCCGAUUCGGCCCGCCUCACGGCCGAUCUGCAGAGCUGUCAGCGGCAGCUGGCGGAGGUACGCUCCAAGUACGACGUCACACGCAAAGAGCUGCACGCGACCAAGCGCAAGCUGAAGCGCAUGUCGGUCCGGUUGGGCAACAUGACCACUGGUGGUGGUGGUGGUGGUGGUGGGUCCGCCGCUUCCGGUGGCAUUGUGGGCGGCGCCGCCUCCCCGCACGCACUGGCGGGCGGCCCGGCGGACGACGACCGUAACCGGAAGUGGCGCGAGCCGAUGAUAGUGGCGGCCAUGAAGAUAAAGAACGCGAUGGGCAUCCAGGCGUACAAGUCGCUGAUCAAGGACGGGGAGCUGCUGCUGCCGAGCCUGCGCACCAUCACGCGCUACCUGGAGUCGCUGCGGAAGGCGGGCGGUGGUGCGGCAGCGGCGGCGGCGGUGGCCCUAGCGAGCGCCGGCACCGCGAAACCGAACGCCCCGAUGGAGGUGGACGAGCUGCCCGAGGACGAGGAAGACGAGGACGUGGAGGAGGAGGACGACGAUGUGGUGGCGGUGCGGGCGGACGGUCUCGUGAACCGGCGGCCGGAACCAACGGGGAUGGUGAAGAGGAAGCAGCCGAAGACGAACGGUGUGCCCCGUACGGUCGAUCACAACCGGAACGAACAGCGAAGGCAUCCGGCGGCGUACCCGGCCGGUGCGGCCCAGCAGCAGCGCCAUCAUCAUCAUCAUCAUGGGCCGGAAGUGCAGGACAUCAAGACGGAGCAGGAUCCCGUCAGCUUUACCGCAUCGCCCGAUAUUAACUACUACCAGCACAAUGCGGACGAGGAUGAGGACGAGGAUGAGGACGGAUACCGAGAUCCAACCUCUCUGCUGGAAGGGUGCCGAUACGAGGAUGUCAGUGGUAUGCAGCUGAACGGAGAGGACGGCACCGGCUACCAUUACGCUCAGCAAGGGCAGCAGCAGCAGCAGCAGCAAACCCUGUCCCAGGCACAGAUCGAGUUCCUAAAGUCGAUGGUCGGCUUCCGGAAGAAGUGGACCCCGUACGAGCUGCGCACGUGCAACGACAUUCGGCGCAUCAUCGGCAGCCGGGAGUACGAAUCGCUGCGCCGCAAGGACGGUAUGCCGCUGCCGAGCGUGAAGACGCUGCGCAAGUAUCGCCAGGCCGCCCAGCUACCGGACACGGUCGACGUGAUGGGCCGAAAGCGCAAGCACAACGAGCUGGAGGACUCGCCCACCAAUCAGUCGCGUACCGUGUCGCGCCACAGCGCAGGUGGCGAGUCCGGGUCCGCUGACCAUGGGGAGAAUGGGUCGGGGGUACUGUUUCCGUUCGGCAACGACAUCGACAAGGAGCAGCUGAAACCGGAACAGGAUCCGGAUGGUGGCCAUUUCGAUGUGAGCCUGCUGACGAUACCGCAGAUAAACUUCCUGCAGACGCUGACGAUGAACACGAAGGGUUUCUCCGAUUACGAGCUGCAGCGUUCGCUCGAGCUGAAGAACGAGCUCGGCAGUGGCAACUAUGAAACGCUGCGCAAGCAGGAGUUCCUGAACAUUCCGACGCUGGCCAUGCUGACGCGCUACGAGCAGGACAAUGGCCUGGAAGAUCUGUCGCGGCUGGUGAACGGCCGGCGAACAGCGGGUGGUAGCGGUGGGAGCGAUCGAAAGCGGCGCAAGGAAGCGGAGGCAGCACUGGAGCUAGCCCGCGAUCAGGAGGAGCAGCGCAAUAGAGAGAUCGAGGAGCAGCGGGCCCGCGAACAGCAGCAGCAGCAGGAGCAGGAGCAGGAGCAGCAGCGACAGCUCGAGCUGUACAACCGGCUGACGCAGGCGGAUCCGUCGCGCCACCCACUGUUCGACAGUAUCGCGGGCGACGCCUCACCGACGGACGGUGCCGAUCCGGCGGCGGCGGCCGCUGCGAUUGCUGCUGCCAUGGCGGCGGCAGCCGCGGCCGGGCUGCAUCCUUCCCAGCUGGAGCACCUGAAUGGUGGUGUCGGUGGUGGUGGUGGGACGGUGGGCGGCGAGGAUUCGUCGCUGAGCAUGUUCGAGCACCACUCGAUCUUCGACAAGGACACGCCGAUGUUUGACAUGACCAAGCUGUCCCCGGCACACGUCGAGUUUCUGAACACGCUGCCCGAGAACCCGAAGCGUUGGACGCAGGAGAUGAUCAACUCGGCGCUGGACAUCAAGAACGAGAUCGGCACGCGCGACUACGAAAUCUUGCGCCGGCAGGGCAUCCCGCUGCCGGCCGCCCGCACGCUGCGACGGCACAAGGACAUCCGCAACAAGGCCGACCGGGCGAUGAGUGAAACGGGCGAAAUCUUGCCAGCCAGUGGUCCCGUGACGACGCCGGCCGGUGUUGUGGGCGGAAGUGGUUAAACGAGGCGAUGCCGCUGGUUUGGUGUCAGUCUUUUCCAGAAUUCUUGCUACCGUGCGUCCCGUUGUUGCGGAAGUUUGAAAUGUACCUGUGCCAGAUAUUGUUUUUUUGUUUAGAUUGCAUCGAAUAGCGAAGGAUAAGAGUAGAAUAGCGUUUGUGCGCUGUCCCCCCGAAGUCGAGGCACAAGGGCGCUGUGGAAGAAAACUGAAGCAGUGGAGCGAUGGGUGGGAAGUUGGUGCAUUAAGAGCCAUGUGCAGCGGGAGCACCAGUUCUUGUUGUGAUCGUUUUCUCCUGGUGGAUUUGUCACAGAAUAUAAGCUAUAGCAUAUCAGUAAGAGAGUAGUAGUAAGUAGUCAGCAGAAGAAGUGAGAGCGGCAUUUCUUUUGUCUCCCCGUGAUUAAUUUUACUUAAACUUUCAAUUCCUAGCCCAGAUACACGUACGGAAAAAGAAUAAUUGUGUCAAUAACUGUGUCGCGAAGGUCACAGAGCUAGCAAUAAGAGGGGGGGGGGGAGUUUUGUUUCCCCCAAUGUUUUUACCAAGUACUUGACUAGAUCUGGAAACGUGAUUUAUAGAAGAAUGCACCAAAAACAUGGUUUAAACGAACAAACAGGAAUGGACAGCAAUGUGUGUAUGUGUGUACCAAUUAACGAAAGCCUGUACAUAGUUAGGGAACUCUAUGGUCUAGAUGUUUAAAAAGCACAUGUAAGGGAUGUGGAUCUGUGUAUCUUACGGUGUAGUUCCAGGGCAGUUACGAAGAUCGUGAAGAUGCAAACGAAAUAGUUUAACGAGCAUGUUAUUACUGGUAAGCAAGCUAAUUCUUACGAUGCCAACCCUUGUCCGUGUUCGAUGGAUGGUGAUGGUGGCCGCGCGAUAAGUGCACCCAACCAGCCAGACAACUAACGUGUAUGGAAUUUUAACUCUCGGUGUGUUUCAAAUCCCAGAUGAUGUGUAUGUCGUGACAGAGUGUGUAAAUAUUGGUGUAUUCUGCUGUAGUAGCUGAUAAUCAACUAUUUUUCCUGAAAUUAUUACUCGGAUAGCAAACGAAUCGAUGGAAUGAUGAAUUUACCUUUUGAGGUGUGUCGCAAAAGUAAUGUUACAAAAUAAAACCCCGAACGAUGGCGAAGGUUCGUGCGAAUCUGCUAAAAUGA